AUGGAGGACCCUGAAAAGAAGGUGAAUGAGAAGAGUGAUGGCAAACCCCGGAAAGUCCGAUUUAAAAUCUCCUCUUCCUACAGUGGUCGCGUGCUGAAGCAAGUCUUUGAGGAUGGACAGGAAUUAGAGUCGCCAAAGGAAGAGUACCCUCAUAGUUUUCUCCAGGAGGCUCUUGAACCCAUGGAUGGUGUUUACGGGUCUGGGGAGCCCCCCAAGUCCUCGUUGUGUGCCCCUAGGCUGACUGCUCAGAGGAUCAGUGUGUUCAGAGAAGGCAGUGCCUACACGUUGGCCAGCAGCCAGCCUUUAUUCAAUGACUACAAGGUGAAUGACCAUAAGCCCCCACCUAUCAUAGAUUUUGGAAAGAUAAUCAUCUACACAAAUAACCUGAAAAUCAUUCGGACCCCAAUGGAUAGGAGGGACUUCAUGAGGAAAAUUCUCCAGAAGGAAGGGGAGGCUGAAGAAGAGUCCCUGAUGAGCAAGGAAGAAAGCUAUGGAGACAGAGACCAGAAUGAUGGGCCUUUGGAGGAUGGCAAGUUCCCCGCUAAUCCGUACACACAGGAUGGGCAGCUUCCCGACGACAACUGUUUCCACUGCCGAGGGUCCGGCAGUGCUACCUGCUCUCUGUGCCACGGCAGCAAGUUCUCGAUGCUGGCCAACAGAUUUAAGGAGUCCUACCGGGCCCUGAGGUGCCCUGCCUGCAACGAGAAUGGCCUGCAGCCUUGUCAGAUUUGCAGUCAAUAGCUGUGGAUUUUGCAUGUCCACUAUUAUUGUACCCUUCCUAUUGUUUUUCUAAUAAACUGCGCCCUCUUCUUCCCGCUGUCUGCAAGAAAGCCAAUGCAACUGCAAUCACUUCCACCACUGGCAAAACUCAGUUAUUUGAUGACAUUUUAAGAGGCUGAUAACAUCUCCAUGUGGGUCUAAGGAACAGGGGCAUUUUCGAAUUAGUCAGCUUUGGUUCUAAAAUGAUCUGUCCAGGAAUGUGUACAUGUAUAUCAUUUGACAUAGCUGAGUUUUCUUCUUGCACCAGUGAACAAAUAAAUGUACACAUCAGGCAGAAGAUUGAAGUCAUUUUCUGGUUGGGAGUUCUUUUGCAAAAUUAUUCAAUGAGAAAGGAAUAAAAAGAUACAUUUCUGAUGAACUGA